GCUGCUCAUGCAUCUGCAUCCUGAAGUUCACAAAUCACAACCUGGGAAGAUUUCAUCAUACAUCUUAAAACCGAGCUCAAAUAUUUCGGUCAAGCUCUCGACACGUCUUCAUCAUCCACAAUGGCUUAUGCUUCGAGCGCAAACCCCCAGAGGGUCUCCGCAAAGAAGCCCAAGUAUGACACCUCAGACAUGGAAUGCUAUACAGAGACGAAUGGCGUCAUCACAACGACGAUGUUUGACGUUCCAGGGUAUCGUGUCGUCAGAGUCCUCGGGACUGUCUAUGGAAUGACAGUGCGCACCAGGAAUUGGGCUGCAGGCAUCGGCAUGGGCCUGAAGAGCAUGGUGGGCGGUGAGCUGAAGUGGUUCACAAACAUGAUGUAUUCUGCUCGCAAUGAAGCUGUCUCUCGGGUUGUAGAUGAGUGCCAGAAGCGGCAGGGCAACGCAAUCAUCGCCAUGCGCUUUGAUGUCGCCGACCUGGCUGGCUUCACCCAAGUCUGCGCGUACGGAACGGCAGCCCUUGUAGAAAAGGUUGACGAGAACGCUGCUGAGGCGCCACAGCUGGCAAAAACCACCUGAUAGGAUGUCCCUGAUCAGACGUUAGGAAUUGUGCCCAUGGUUUGGUGGAAUGAGUGGUUUCAUUUCUAAUCCCUAUACACGCAAAACGUAUGUGGCGCCUCUAUAGAUUGGUAAAUGCUCAAGACCAUGGUGGAACGAAAUCUUGAUGAUCGUAUGUAUAGGCCGAUCUUUAGAACCGAUCGCCUGGGCUCGAAGAAUAAUAAGUACAACCCGAGGUCAACGACUCCA